AUGCUUGGUCGAUGUCGGCAAUCCGCGCGGACGCGAUAUUCCACAGCCCAAACCGAUUCGAGUUGGGCUGCGUAUGGGACUUUGCUUGCUGCGCUCCUCUCUGAGGGUGUACUCUUUGGCGUCUGUCUGUCCUUCGGCGUGUUCCAGGACUACUACAGCAAUCGUGCCUCCCUUCCGCACAGCGACGUCUCAUCCUGGAUCGGCGUCCUCGCAACAGGCAUUGCCUACCUGGGCGCCCCGGCCGUCACAUACUGCUGCCAAAGCUUCACCAUCCCCUGCCACUACUAUAUCUACCCAGGAUGGAUGCUGUGCCUGGUGGGGCUGCUAAGCAGUGCCUUUUGCCAGGACGUCAGAAUACUGAUCCUCACGCAAGGACUGCUUUUCGGCGUAGGCCUGCUCGUCGUCGAAAUGCCCACUCUCAUCAUCCUCAAUACGUGGUUCGUCGAGCGACGCGGGCUUGCGUACGGCCUGCUCUACGGGUUCACCGACCUGUUCGGCGUGGCGUGGGGGUUUCUGGCCAGCUCACUCCUGAACCACCACGGCGUCAAAACAGCAUUUCUCGUUUUUGCGGCAAUCUGUUUGUUCAUUCCUGGUGUUGGCAUCUUUUUCCUUCGUGAGAGGUCUUCCUCUGCCACAGCAGUAGCAGCAGACUCAUGCUCCGAGACGGCAUCGGUCAAGGAGUUGACACCGACGGAUAUGGAUCAUGAGAUCUCGACAGCCAACUCCCUGCCUUCAAGCCGCUACUUUCGCCAUGCCAGCUUCUACGUUUUUCUGCUCUCAAACCUGUUGCAGUCAUUCGCUUUCUAUCUGCCCUUCAUCUACCUCCCCUCUUACGCCACCGCGCUGGGGUACUCGGCAUCGACGGGCGCCAUCGUGCUCGCUCUCGCCAACGUCGCCCAGGUGUUUGGGGAGAUCGGCUUCGGCCGGCUCUCGGACAAAGUCGAUGUCCACAGCCUGGUGUUCUGCUCGGCCGCGGUGGCGUCUCUCGCGGCGUUCCUGGUCUGGGGCUUCGCCGAUUCGCUGGCGUAUCUGAUCGCCUUCGCGCUGCUGUUUGGCGGCUCCGCGAGUGGGUUCCUCACGCUGUGGCCGCGCAUGGGCACCAUGUUCGCCGAGCACGACGCCAGCAUGAUCUACAGCUUCCUGUCGCUGGGGAGGGGUAUCGGCGUCAUUUGUUCGGGUCCGAUCAGCUCGGCGAUGCUAUGGGCUCACAGGGUUGUUGGGACCCACGGCGAGGACAGGGACGGGAUAAGGCAUCAUUAUCAAGGCAUCGUGCUCUUCGUGGGCUCUUGCAUGGCCGCCAGUGCGGCCUUGGGCGUUGUCGGGUGGAUCUCGUCGUAUCUAAAAAGAAAACACGCCUCGCAGGCACUGGAUGGAGCUGUAUAA